ACAACUACGUCUUCAUCUCGAGUCCCUCUCACCGCCGACCAGCCAUGGCUGAGUCCUCUGUGCUGGACGGAGCAGUGCGCGUCACCGCGACACCGUCACAAGCCUCAUACUUUGCCGGCGACACUUUCACUGUCACCAUUACUAUCACCAACACUCGGAGGCCAGAGGCCCCGCUCGCUGCUCGCUCGACCUCGCAGUCUGCCACGAUCUAUGGCCACAAACGAGGAGCACACUCUGUCAGUUAUGUGCCAAUGGCGCGUCCGCCUACGUCGCCCGGUGUUCGCACUGCGCUUCCAACUGUGCCAGCACACACAGCCGGUGGCAACAAGCCUGUGGUCCGACGCGGACUCGUGGGCAGGUCACAAAGCGCGAAUGGCCCCCCCAAUCUAGAAGAACCGGAAGACCAAGCACGGCGGCGCGUAAACCUUACCAAGUCACUGUCCGUAUCUCUAGGGACUCAGGGCUUCCAGUCGAAUGGAUCGGGAGACUGGAAGGGCAAGUCGCCUCUGCGCACACUGCAAACAAAUUUACCCACUGCUGCAGCACCAAACUCGCCACGAAAAUCUUCGCCCUUGGCUCGCUCCGCCUCCGUACCUGUAAACCACCCCCACGCCCGAAAGCAAUCGGUAUUAGACGGCCAGGUGCAAGUGCAACCGCUGAAGGAUUCCGACAAGGUUCCCCCGGACCUAUCUGCUAUUAGCUCCACGUCGACAUUAUCUCUUGCGCUGGAUACAAUCACAGAGGGUUACUCGCCUGUUUCACCGGCAACUCCGGACGUAGUCUCUCCAGCGAACAGACACGCACUUCUGACAUCAUCUGCCUCUUUCCCUCCAACCAAGAAGGCCAAUGGCGCUUCGGGCGGCAUGACACUCACAAAUGGGCAUAGGCCCCCGCACCCCGGUAUCGCGCCGCCCCCUCGUCCUAAAACCGCAGCAGUCGGCAGCUUUUCCGCACCUAAUACUGAAUUCAUCUUGUACUCAUAUGCGCAACUUCUCGGCACUGUUACACUUUUCCCAGCGCAGGAUGCCCCACUUUCGGCCGAGCAGCGGCAUAUGUGGUACAUGCUCCGCCGUGAGCUGCAGGCAACCAAAGCGGUCGGCGGGGGCAACAUGAACAUUGUUCCAAACAGCCCCAAGGCCCUCGCACACGGCCGCAAACCACUUCCUGCGGUAAAUGUGCGUCGUGCCUCCCAACAUGCUCGUACUACCUCGCUUUCAACUGGAUUACUCUCUUUGCUCUCUCCUUCAUCGCCACCACCCAUGUCUUCCCCGCUUCCUGGAUCUUCUCGGCAUUCUCGGAACUCUUCUGUCUUUUCUGGAUUCUUCGGAUCAUCAAGCUCGAAUGGGGAUAUCGACGUACCGGACUGUGCGUCCGUAGAAGAGGAUGGUGAUGCGGACGAGCCACUACCCACGUUCGAUGUCCCACCAGCUAUGCUCGCAAUCGAUCUCAGCCUCAUGCCCGGGCAAUCGCGUAACUAUGUAUAUACCUUUCCCCUACCACGAAAUCUACCACCGACGUACCGCGGGCGGACGUUGCGCUUCCAAUACGAGUUUGUGCUAGGCAUCUGCCGCUCAACGAACAGUAGAAUUAUGCGAGUGCCUGUGCGUAUAUACAAUUAUGUAUCAGUAACUAAUGCUCCGUCGCCCUACGACCUGCGAUGGCCCGUCGUAUCUCGACUACAGCGGCAGGCGUACAAGGCGACUGUGACCGACGUGCAGGAGCCUUUGCGCAUUGCAGCACAGCGCCCCGCGAACGCGCCAAACCAAGAGGACAGCGAUCUGGGACCUUACGCACUGGCCCUCUUGGCAACGCAAGAUUCCAUGGCAUCGCACCUACCAAGAAGAAGCAACAUAGGUCGAUUUCCCUUCGCCAACGGAGUGGACGACGAGGACCAGGAACCAGGAUGCCGCGAAUCGAUCGAGAUCUUGACUAGGAACCCCAAGCGACUGUCUUUCGAUGUACACAAGGAUAACGUCAAGGUCGCGGUGCUCACCUUCACCAAAUCGGCGUAUAGACUUGGGGAGAGCGUGCUCGGCGUUGUGAACCUUAACGCCCGGGCAGGGCAUGCACGAGUGCUCAAGCUCUCCGCGUUCCUCGAGUCUCACGAGACCCUCCCGGGCUGUCUCUCUUCGGAAACACCGAGUGCCGCCGCCCAGACACGGCGCGUCCACUCCGAGUCGCACUCCUCCUUCGUCGGGAGCACGCUCCGCACGGCCUUCGCGCUCGACAUCCCUCCGGACGCGAGCCCCGCCUUCCAGGUCAUCGUCUCCACCCCGGGCGCGUCGUCGCCGACGCCGGGCGGGCUUACGUGGAAGGUGCGCUUAUGCCUGCUCGUCGCGAUUGCGGGACCCGAAGCGCGGGCGGGCGAGGACGGCGUGCGGCUGAAACACCUCGUGCGCGACGGCCCGCGGGGCGAGUGGGGCACGGCGUGGCAUGCGCCGGGGAGCAUGGCGCCGCACGAGCGUCCGGGCGUGCUGCCCUCGCCCUCAGCCCCGCAGAAGAGCCAGAGCUGGGCGAGCUUUUUCAGCAGUACGCUGCUGGGGUCAAGCGAGCCGAGCAUGAACUUCCACGACGGGGACGAGGGGAGCGAGGUAGGCAGCGAGGACGGCGAUGCGCUUGCUGAGAGCGAGUGGCGGGAGGUGAGGGCGGAGAUGGUAGAGUGUGAGGUGCCGAUUCGUGUCUGGCCAGGGAACACGGCGUUUAAGGCGGCAGACGUUGUGUUUGAGGUAUAGAGUACCUGGAUGUUGAAUCGUGACUCUCAGAUUGCAUAUCGAAGCCAUCGGUUAUGCACCAUGUGUAACGAAUGUCUACCCCUGAGAUAAGACAAACACAUCUUGUGGGUGUGACCCAGAGAGCACAAUGUGAUUGGUAAUGCGAUGCGACUAGUCUUACAUGGGUCAUGACGUAGACGAGAUAGUACAAUGAGAAUUUCCUUAGGUUCGGUUGCGCUUCCUCGACUUUGAGGCAUCGCCCUGCGAACUACUUCUGAGCGUGAAUCAGCGCCACCCGUCUGCAGCCGAUGGCACACGUACCUCCUCGUCUUGCCCUUCCCGUUCUCAUCGUCCACGUCCAUCUCGUCGCCCCCCUUUCGCUCGCGUUCCUUCGACUCACGCUCCUCGGCUGCGAGGCGCUCCUGUUCCUUACGGCGUUCUAUGAGGGCGAGGCCGGCGGCGGUGGGCCCGCUCUUGAGGGUGUUCACGGGGCGGUUGGCGAGCUUGACCUCCUUCUGCUUCUCCUGUACCUCACCGAGCGCAGUCUGGUACGUCUUGUCGUACGUCUCCUUGGCGGUCUUGUCUUCUGCGGUCUGCUUCGAGAGCUUCGCGAGCUUGUCGUCGAGCGUCGCGAGUACGGCGGACGUCGUCGAUGCCCUGCAGCAUAUCAGCGUGAGUAACAGUGGCAGAAUGGGUGGGCGCACCAGUGCUGCAGGGCGGCCAGCAGACUCUCGACCUUGCCUGGCUCGAGGUCGCGGCCCAUGGUGUACUCGACCUCGAACUGCUGCUCUUUCUGGUCAAGCUUGCCUCGGAUGACGUCUUGGUAGAUGGCAUCGAUGAUAAGGUCCUCGAGCUCGCGAAUGCUGGAUACCUUGAGCACGCUCAGGAGAUGGUCGUAUGGCAGGAUCUAGGCGAUGUUAGGAGUGCGCAUCUGGAGAAUAGGCGUUGGGGCGUACGCGGCGGUCCGUGGCGAGUGAUACGAGGGUUAGAUGCUUAAGCUUUGUGAUCUGAGCAUCAUUGAGAGCCGGCAAUGAAUCCUUGUGCUCUAAAGAAUACUUCAGGGCGGUCCAAGGACGAGCUUCGGGGCGACACUAACGGAGGUAGUCUGAAAAUGUCUUGUACGAGAAGAGCUGGAGCAGCGAGAAGUAUGGCGCGUGUUGUUCGCUAUUAGCGAGCUGUGCAUGUCCCUGUCAGCAUUGCGGAUGAUGUUCCAUGAUACAAAACCGUCGCACCUCCUGGAUGUUCGGCUGAUCUAGCAGCUCUGCAAAGACGAAGACGCCUGGGGCAGACGUCGCAUCCUGGAUAAGCUUUGCCGCUGCUGCGCCCUUGGCCGACUUGGACAUGAGCAGAACCGGCUCGAGCUUGGCGAUGAAAUUGGCUCCGAGGUCCAUUUUGAACUAGGUGGUCGUGGGCAGUAUACGGGAGAUGAGAACAAGUGCACACACGCUCAUACGCAGGCUUGUGCAGCGCCGCGGAUUGCC